ACACACACACACACACACACACAUAUACUUGCUAAACCUGGAGUUCAAGAGAGGUUCAUUGAAUACUUGUCUCAGUUUUAUUCAACUGGUUUUGGUUUUAUCAAGCCGGUAAGGUCUGCGUACUACCCUCGCCAGAUCCUACUUUUUGUGAGAUUUCACUGCGUUUGUUGUUGGGCUAGAGCUCCUAUCUCCCUAAUAUUGUGCUUCUUCUUUGAAAAUAUGUGUAUGAAUACAUCUAAGUUGCUGCUCAUAUGUGAAGGAGGUGAACACAACCCCAACCUGCAGAUAUUCCUCUCCUUUGUAGUUGGUUCUUUAGGAUGUUGGCUUUUUCUAGUUGGUUCUUUAAGGUUCGGUCGGUUUUUUUUAACACAUUAACCUCGAGCCAAACUACAUAUGGAAAUGUAGGUUUCGGCAGGUUCAGUUUGUGGGUAGGUGUCAGUUCUUGGAGUUAUAGCACCAUAAGCAAUGAAUUGAAGCAAUGAUAGGUAUUGCUUUUAGUGUAUGGGGUUUAAUUCCCAUUUAAGUUUAGCAAUAAGCAAGAUGGAUGAACAUGUAGAUAGUUGUUUUUACCUAUUAGGGAUUUUCUUAUAAAUAGAAAAAAGGUCUUAAUUACUAAACACCAAAAAUUUAUAUAAAAGUGCAAACAUGUUCAAAUUUAUAUAAAAAGUGUUUUUCAAUUUUCUUCAUAGGAAUUGAGAAAUUUUUCAACCCCUCAUAAAGGUUUUUAUUUAUAGUAUUAGUGCAUACCAGUUUUCUUAAUACUGAUUUUUUGUUGGUUUUUCUAGUUUAAGUAUUUACUGUUUUUUUAAAAAAUAAUAACGGGGUAAUUUCUUAGCACUAUAUGCCUUCUUCCAUGUUUUAUUGACAUUUUAAAAGAUGACAGUAACAAUUUGUCUACUCUUGUGUACUAGGAUGAGGUUUGUACUUUUUCUUUUUGUAUUAGAUCUAACGUUUUAUCGAUAGCUGCAUCAAGAAUAUUUAUGCAGAAGCCCUUGUGGGUUUGAAAACUUGCACACGAGUAUGAUAUUUACCUGAAAUUAUGAUCCGGGCUCUUCGUGAUCUUGGUCAACUUAAUUGAUCGCGCGAAUAUUUCCAAGCUUCUCUCAUUCCCAUCUUACCCUUUUGAUUCAUUGAGAAUUACAUGUUUUUGUUGUUAUUGUUAUUGUUUUUUACCCAUUAGGACAGGCAUGACAUUUUUGUUGUAUGGAUUGUGUUAUGAUCAAGUUUGGUGUGCACCUUUUUUGCUUCCCCUUCAUCAUAGCUGAACGCCCUGAUCUACAAAUUCUUGUUACUACUGCUCCUUGCUGCUACUCUUCUUACGAUUCUUAUCGCUGUUGUUGUUCUUAUUAGUAAAUCAUGUAAUUUAUGUUUGCGGAAAAUCAAUCAGGGCUGUGAUGAUGAUGAAAUUCUGUAUAGUUCAUUAAAAGAUUGGUCCGACCCGUAUAUUGGCGGGGCGACCUCCGGGUCUGCAGCCAUGGAGGUAUGGUCUUUCCCUCACUUUACUUUGCAGAUCUGAGCCUAAUUUACGCGAUCAAGCCACAAAUUCAAGAAUGAGUUUGUAGAGAGAUUUGGGUCCUUUUUCAAGAAUGCUGUAGCAAAAGUGAAACCAUUGCUGUUUUUGAGCCUCUUGUUUUCAGGCAAAUUCUUGCAGUGAUGAUAAAAUAUCUCGGGUUGAAACAGCAAGGAGAAACUGAACCGUAUCUUGGCGAGGCAACCUCUAGGAUUUGCAGCCAUGGCGGUGUCUUAAUCCUUUGCUUCAUUAUAUGUAUUGUUUGUCUGAGCCUGCACUCUAUAUGAACCUCUCUAUGUAUUCAUCCAUCUAUAUGUCUUUCUGAUUGAAAAAUAGGGGUUACCCUCUGAAAAUGGUGAGCUGAAUUUUCCGAAAUUAAAAGCAUUUGGUAAAAUUGAUUUCCAUCCAAUCAAGCCAAUAAUGUCUAUUUGGACCCUGCGAUGAAAUGUUGAUUAUAACAUCUACGGAUUGGCUGUGAUGAUGGAUAUGUUGAGUUGAUCGGGUAGAGGAAUAAGUAUGCUGUAUCUUGGCGUGGCAACAACUGGUUUGCAGCCAUGACAGCAUCUUUGUCCUUGCUUGAUUGUGAUUGACUUCUGAGCCAUUUGCGUAGACAGAAACCUUCCCCAGACCAUACUCUUGUUGGAUUUUACUAGUUUGUUGCUGUUCAAAGUCAUGUCAUUUCUAUUCUAAAAGGUAAAACAAUUUAUAUAAAAAAAAAUACUUCUCCUCGCCAAUUGUUUCCCUUUCUCUAGCAAUUUUGUUAUUCAAACAUACCCUAAUUUUCUUCUAAUGGAAUUAUGAGCCAAAUGCGUUGUUUGGUGAGAGUAUGGGAUGAUUUGGGUGUUCUUUUGAUGAUACACUUUUAAUGAUUUCUUUCCAUUUCCGCACAUUCAACAGCCCUAAAUAUAAAUUUUGCUUAGUAUAAAUUUCUAAAAAUGAAUUGUUGAUUAUAACAUCUAUGGAUUAGCUGUGAUGAUGGAUAUGUUGAGUUGAUUGGGUAAAGGAAUAAGUAUGCUGUAUCUUGGCAUGGCAACCACUGGUUUGCAGCCAUGGCAACAUCUUUGUCCUUGCUUGAUUGUGAUUGACUUCUGAGCCAUUUGGGGAACUGGUGUGCGAGGAAGGCCGGCGGAAGAAGGAAGAAGAUGAGACUGAGCAGAUUCAGAGCAAAAUAAAUCCCUGAAUCCCUCCUCCGAGCAAGAUGCUGCUUCUGAACCACCCUACGGCGGCAGCCGCCGCCAAUGCCGCACUCUUCCCCCGCCAUCAGCGCAGCGAUCUCUCUCCGGAUCUGUCCCUUCCGCUGCGGUCCUUCCCAUCCGGAUCCGGACUUUCGAGCUCCCGUCUUCUCCCGCCGCUCACCACUUCCGGCAACCCCGUCUCUCGCUGCAUCACGCGCGCAUUCCCAUGGAGUCCCCGCAAAAAUGAAAUCGUGGAGUACGAGAAGCGUCCGAAGGAGAAGUGGAUUCGUUAUUUCGAGAAACUGGCUGCUGUGCGGAAUCCGGAGAAGGGCGUUGCUGCUGUGUUGAAUGGUUAUGAGAGUAAGGGCAAGAGGGUCAACACAAUUUAUCUUUUUCGUGCGGCCAGGAUGUUGUGCAAGGCGAAGCUUUACAAGCACGCUCUUGAGGUAUAUAGAUGGAUGGAAAGCAAACCACCAGACACGUACCCAGUAACCACAAAAGACAGAGCCUUUAAGUUAGACCUGAUAUACCAGGCGCAUGGAGCUUCAAGCGCUGAAGAUUACUUCAUGUCACUGAAAGAAUCUGUUAGGGACAGGCUGGUACAUGGUGCACUUUUAAAAGUCUAUGUCGAUUGCAAAAUGAAGGAAAAAGCAGAAUCUUUAUAUGCUACAAUGAAAGAAAAAGGUAUGGUAGACUCUGCACUUUUUACAAAUGCUAUGAUGACACUGUACACAGGCCUCGGAGAAUUCGACAAGGUGGAUCCAAUAAUUUCAGAAAUGAAAAAGAAAGGCUUCUCGUUAGACGCGUGUUCAUACAAUAUCUGGUUAACAUCACUCGGGGCUCGAAGGUCUUUUGAAAAGAUGGAUCAAGUCUUUGAUUCGAUGAAGAAGAAGCCCAGCAUUGAUAUUGGAUGGGAUACAUAUAGUAUCAUGGCUGCAGUGUAUAUUAAGAUGGGAUAUUUUGAAAGUGCUGAAGAGUGUUUGAAACAGGUAGAGGGCAAAAUCGAUGGUCAAAAUCGCACCCCUUAUGAUCACCUCAUUAGUCUCUAUGGUGCUCUUGGUAAACCCAGAGAUGUCCACCGUCUUUGGAUUGAUUACAAGUCAAAAUUUACAACUUUGUCAGAUAAAGAUUACCGUGAGGUAAUUAAAUCCUUGUUGAGAUGUGGUGAUGUUGAAGGUGCUGAAGUUAUUUAUGAUGAAUGGUUAUCAACAAAGCCAACACCAUACGACCCGCGCAUAGGAAAUCUUCUAUUGGCGUGCUAUGUGAAGAAUGGGGAAACAGAGAAAAUCAAAGCGUUCUUCAACCAAAUGGCCGAAUUGGGAGGGAACCAGAAUCCAAAAACGUGGGAGAUUCUAGCCGCCCAUGAGAUCAGAGGGAAAAGAGUUGCAGAGGCUUUGUCUUGCUUGAAAGUAGCUGUUUCUGUUAACCAAUCAAAAAAAUGGAAACCAGAACGUGCCCUCGUGUCUUCUAUUCUCAAGAGCUGUGAGGAAGAAGGUGAUGCUGCAAAUAAGGAGAUGUUAUUUGAGGUGUUGAAGGAAACUGGGUAUCUUCAUGAUGAAAUGGAGAAGGGUGCUGAAAAUGGAGAAGGGAUACAAUCUGCGUGAGACAAAGCCGUGUCAUCAUUUAUCGAACCUUUGCAGUGCCGGAGCCCCAACACAAUUUGGGUUGGGGGGGAGGGGCAAUUUAGUCCAAGAAUGUGAAGACCAAAAUUUCCUGUUUCAGAAAUAAAAGUGUCAUCUUUGUGCUGUGUUGGUGAUGGCUUUGGACAACUGAAUAUUAGUGACUGUCAAGUGUAGAUUGUUGAAUUGGUAUGAUUGGACCAAUGUAAUGCACAUUUUAUUUUGAUGAGCUUAUGAUUUUCUCUCAACUUUUCUGAGUUUUCUCCUCUCCUUUUUCCUCAAAAACAAGUUCAAUUUGAUGCACAUUUUGGCACCUGUUCAACUCUCUUUUA